AUGGCUUUUACCCCUUACAAGCCUUUGACGCUAGAUCCAAACGCUCCAAACCUCUCCCGCACGGCCAAAAGCGUCGUGGACCUCCUAUUCUUUUUCAAUCCCAAAUGCAUACCAAGGUCAUUGCUUAUUACACCCGCUUUUACGGUAGAGAAUCAGAUAUAUCAGUUCCUCAAGAACAAAGAACAGUACCUUUCCCUCUUCUAUGGCUAUAAUAUCAUCCAAGCUAAUUCAAUCGCGUUCAGACUCGACAAGGCCAUCGCCGAACUAAUCGAUCGGUCCAUUAUUCACAUCGACGAAAGGAACAACAUUGUGCUAUCCCUUGACAGCCCAUACACAGGAAUUCAAGAGGACCAAGUCAACUCUGCAUUUAGUCAUGCCACUCGACUCUUCGACAAAUCGCUUCCCGACCUUUGGGCUACGGAAAACCCACGACUAGGCUACGAGUCUUUCAAGGCAAGCGAGGUUGUGCUGCCACAUAUGAUGCGAGCUAUUGAAGUAACAAGAAAUAUCAAAAUUCGGCCGAAGAGGAAAAAGGAUUGGAUAGAGCUUGUGUUGCGGGCAGGCCGGUAUGCUCAAGAGAACCAACAACCAGACCUUUCCACAUACUUUGUCGAUUACGUUCUAAAAGAGCACCAUUCCCCUAUGUUCGGGGUGCGAAUGUCUGCCGACUUCCUCGCGAGCACGUAUACUCUGCAGGGCCACGCCCUUCUGGAUCUUGCCCAGCCACGUGCUGCCCUGAAUGUGCUCAACAGCGCUCUUAACAUCCUCGAGGAUCGGCAUGGACCCAAUUCAACAAGUGUGGCAAAGGCGUGUGAUUCGCUUGCCCUCGCUUACAUUGAGACAGGAGAUGUCGAUAAAGCAUCAGCAUUUUUAAGCAGAGCGGAUGCCAUCUAUGUGGAUAAAGCGUACCUACACCUGGAUUCAGAGGCUGGUCGCCAGAAGCCUUAUGUCAUCCCCCGAACUCGAGCUAUCCAAUCACUUAUAGAUCUCAGAGCGAAAAAGCUCGAUGACGCUGUCAAAUGUCUCCAACACUUUUGGCGGGACCGGGAGAUGAGACUAGAGUCCGUUGAGGCGUCGCCGGAUUCAAAUUACGGCGGGGAUGUCAUGCUUUUUGCUCGUAUAUGUUGGGCACAAGGCAAGGCAGUAGAAGCCCAGGAGCUAGCCUCACAUGCCAUUACCAUGAGGCGCACCUUUUAUGGACCACAUGGAGGUCCCAGGGUGGCUGACUCGCUCUUCCUAGUUGCUACUAUACUAGAAGAUCGCGGGUUUCCUGACAUAGCGUCGAGUGUCUUGAGAAAAAUCAUCGAUAUGAGCGAAGGGGAGAGUCCUGUGCUGUAUCCUCACAUAGCUAGGGCGUGUUGGUUUCUUGCUCGCGUCGCGGAGCGCAAUGGCUCUGACGCUGCGAAGGUGUCAGAACUCAGGGCCAAGGCGCGGGAGUUCCGGGAGUCGGGUAGAAGAAGCGAGGGGCCGGUCGAGGACACAGAUGACGCUUUCAUGAAUUUGGUCAGUUGGAUGCUUUGGUAA